AUGGGUUCCAUGCCUGAGGUCAAGCAAGCUCCCCAGAUCGACCUCGCGGGUCUCGUCCCUGCGCCGGUUACUCCAUUCAACAAGGAUGGCUCGGUCGACUACGCAGCCAUCCAGCGCCUUGGCUCCUGGCUCGGCAGUAUCCCAGGCGUGAAGGGUCUGGUCGUGCUGGGACACGCUGGCGAGGGCACUUUCCUCACCCAGGAAGAGCAGGUAGAAGUCAUCAAGGCCUUUGUCAAAUCUGUGGACAACAAGAUCCCCAUCAUUGCUGGUAUCACCACAGAGGGCACUGAGGUGGCUGCGCUCGAAGCUCAACGCGCCAAGGCUGCUGGUGCGCAGGCAGGUCUCUUGUACCCCAGCCAUGGCUGGCUACGCUUCGGAUAUCAGCCGGGAGCGCCCCAGGACAGAUACAAGACUGUGUACGAGAAGUCCGGACUUCCUCUCAUCCUGUUCCAAUAUCCCGACAACACCAAGGCUACCUACAACCUGGACACGCUACUCGAGAUUGCCGCACAGCCCGGUGUCAUCGCUAUGAAGAACGGCGUCCGCAACAUGCGCCGUUGGGACGUCGAGAUUCCCAUUAUCAAGAAGCAAAACCCCGACCUGACUAUCCUCACAUGUCAUGAUGAGUACUUGCUACACACAUGCUUCGACGUCGACGGCAUGCUUGUUGGGUACGGCAACAUCGCGCCCGAACCGCUGCUUGAGAUGAUUGAAGCCGGCAAGGCGAGAGACUACCCUCGUGCGAGAGCUGUUCAUGACAGACUGCUCCCAGUCACCAGGAACGUUUACCAUCGUGGCUCGCACAUGGAGGGAACUGUUGCACUCAAACAUGGUCUAGUGGCGAGGGGUAUCUUGGAGCACGCGACAGUGCGAAGUGGACUUUUACCAUUACAAGACGGCGCAGAGCAGGAGAUUCAUGCUGCAUUCAAGUCAGCCUCGCUAGGCAAGGUCACACCGCCAAAAUCGGGUUGA